CACAUUCGCCUCUCAUACACUUACUGCCAGCCGCCAAGAUGGUUGUGUCUCAGGACAGCUUCAUGUUUACGGUCGGCAAGCUCGAUGCCGGAAUGGCUAUACUCCUCGGCGAGCGAGCCCACCUGAUUGAAUUCCCUUCGUUGCUGCUACCUCCCGGCGUGACCACCGGCUCAAUAGUCAACAUCUCCGUACAACGAAACGUAGUAGAGGAGAAGAAGAGAGAGACAGACUUCUGGGACCUGCAAGGGGACAUUCUCGAGGAGUAUGGGACGCGCGUGCCGGAGCCGCCGAAGCUGGAGCUCCGCAAUGUUACCCAAACCUCUGUAACACUCGAGUGGCCCCGUCUCGACCUUGCGACGGCGAAGCUUCGCUCUUUGGACCUGUACCGCGACCGUCAGCGCGUCGCUGCUAUACCCGCUCCGCUCACGAACACCUCUACCAAGGUUUCUGGACUACAGCUCGACACCGAAUACACCUUCCAGCUUGUCCUGCGCACAACUGCUGGUGUCUACCCGUCCAACGUCCUCCGUAUCCGCACCCAUACCAUGUCAGAUACAUCCGGCAUUUCCGUCUGCUUCGGGACUGUAGAAGAUGAGGUCGCGCUCGAGAAUGCGAAACUGGCCUUGCGUGAGAUGGGUGCCAAGUGGAGCGACAAAAUCCAAAUCGACACUACUCACUUUGUCUGUACGACCCCUGCGGCAACUCCCAGCGGGGCGCAAGCGUCUGGCGCCAUUGUUACGGGCCCGGGUGUCGAAUACCAGAAGGCUCUGCAGUUGAGCAUACCUGUCGUCCAGCCGCAGUGGGUUCUUGCAUGUCUAGCCGAGAAGAAGAUGAUGCCCAUCCGGCCGUUCUACCUGGGCGAGAACCCCGCGUCGCCGUCACAUUUCCGUCCCCAGUCCAUGUCCCAGGCGAACCUCCAGUCCCCCUCACAACGUAGCUCCACGGCGUCGCCCACGCAGCAGAAGCACGCGGCCAACCGCCAGUCCAUGCCGCCCCAGCGCGUCACCUCCACCUCGCCUCCUGCCGCCGACCCACCACACUCCGCCGGGCUCCCGCGCACGCAGCGGAUCGCCGAAGAGUCCGAACUCUCGGGCGGUGAAGAGCAGGAGGGCGGUGAAGACGACGAGGAGGACGAUGAAAAAGCCGGCAGGAAGCGCAAGGGCACGAUGAGCAAGAACUUCCGCUUCCCGCCGCCCAGCCCGACGCAGGCCCCGCCUGUGCCGCCCGUCCCCCACAACUCGACCAUGUCACCCCCGCUGGCGUCCCAUGCGGGCGACGAGGCGCCGCUCCCUCCGCCGCCGCAGUCGGACAACGCGGAAGACGCGGAGGAGGACGCAGAUGUAGAUCCGGAGUUGACGACGGUGGGUAUGGUAGCGCCGUCGAGUGUCGAGGUUCCGCCGCCUCCGCCGGUCGAGAAGGAGCGGUCGCUCGCGAGCGCGAACGACCUCGCGGACGACGACUUGGGGGAGACGGAGGAGAUUUCGCUGAACUGAGUGCGCGUUCGGUCGGUCGGUGAUUCUAUGUCAUAUACCGCGUUUUUUUCCCAGGAAUCGGAUGUUGUUUUUGCGGGGCUGCCAGACCCAAAUGCC